AAAGAAAGCAGUGUGCUUGUAAAAGUUAUACUCCGUACUACAUAUAUCUUCAAAACAGUGACAGAGGAAAUGGGAUGGUGAGAAUAUGCUAAAACCUCCAAAGAGGUCACCACUGUACUACAAGAACCCUACUUUGUUCAUGUAUUUUCCCUUUUUUUCGUUUAUUAAACAAUUACAGUUGAAAACUGAAUUGUAAAGAGUCUUAAGUCUUCCGAAUGGGUCGCCUCCUCGCCAUUAAUUGUCUAUGUCUUCUCUUCUGUACUUCUUCUCUUUUCCACGAAGUGCAGUCAACGACGUUCAAGAUAGUGAAUCAAUGCCGGCAUACAGUAUGGCCUGGAAUUCUGACCGGUGCUAACCGGCCAAUACUCUACCCGACGGGAUUCAAGCUCAAGAGUGGCAAAUCCAGGACUCUUUCGGUGCCCACCUCGUGGUCGGGUCGGGUAUGGGGCCGAACAUUCUGCUCCAAUGACUCUACAGGCAAGUUCGUAUGUGUUACCGGAGAUUGCGGAUCCGGGAAGAUAGCAUGUGCCGGAGGUGGCGCUAUUCCCCCAGCCACCUUGGCCGAGUUCACCCUUAACGGUGACCAGGGGCUCGAUUUCUAUGACGUCAGCCUCGUAGACGGGUACAACCUGCCGAUGCUGAUUGUGGCAAAGGGUGGGAAGGGCGGGGGCUGCGCCGCCACCGGAUGCUUGGUGGACUUGAACAGUGCCUGCCCGUCGGACUUGAGGGUGUCGCUUGGGAAAGGGAGACACACCGAGAGCGUGGCUUGUAAAAGCGCGUGCUUGGCAUUCAACGAUCCAAUUUACUGCUGCAGUGAAGCUUACGCCACGCCGGACACUUGCCACCCUUCGGCUUACUCUCUCUACUUCAAGUACGCCUGCCCACGAUCUUACAGUUAUGCCUACGACGACAAGACUAGCACCUUCACCUGCGCCGGCGCUGAUUACCUGAUCAUGUUCUGUCCGCCACCCUAUACCAGCCAGAAAGUGCUAUCGGUACGAAAGCAGUCUGCAGACUUGCCACUGGUUAAUAAAACGAUGAUGUACCUUGGAAGGCAUCAUCAUGCUAGCGGUUAAUUCUUGAAACAACAGCAGUUGAAAUGGGGGUGCUACUAGCUGUUGUAUGGUUCCUUGUCUCAGUUGAAGUUUGUUUCAUUUUGGAGUUCAUCAUCUUGUAGAUAGAAAUGACUGGAAAGCACAAGCUUGUCCUGGAUAUGAUGACUCGACUUGGGAAACAAGUAUUUUGUGUACAUAAACAGGUGUUCCAAAGGGACACUGCAGACCAUUUUUGGGUUGUUGGGUAGGUCUAUGAUUUGGUUUAUUACAAAUGUGGUACAGAAAACAUAUAUCAUCCAAUGCACAUCCUUUUUUGUAGUUUGAACUAUUCAUGGUUUAAAUGUUGCAACUAGCGCAAUUAGCCCAAAUACAAAUAUUUGAGCUCACUCAAACUUAUUUCAUGUGUAGCACGAGCUUGACCAGUUAAGGUUUUG